AAAUCAUUCAAUAUCUUAUCAAAGAUUAAAGGGAUUUGCUUAACAAUUUCUUUGAAAUCUAUAAUCUGUAGCAUAAUCUGUUUCUGCUCUCUUGUCAGAAUUUAUGCCAUCUUCACUACACUCAAACUUUGGUACAAUGUUGUACUCUGUUUGUUGUACCUUACUAUUCAGCCAGGCUAUUUAUGUCAAUACGCAUGACUGUUAAUUCUGCUGGCUCAUUAACAAAGGUUGCCUUGGAGUAUAAGAAACCUUCUAUUGACAAUCAUAAUUUAGUUUAAACCUACACGAAUGCAUUAGUUAGUAUACCAUAUGUGUUUUUCUGUAUUGUGCUACCAAUAAUGUAAAUUAAUCUAAAAGUAAUAUAUAUUUUCUUCUUUGCAUCAUCAUAACAGAUUAUUCAUCUUUUCUAAAUUUUUUUUUUUAUGUAUACAUCAAUUAAAUAUACAUCAGUCUAUAUUCCCUAUCCCCAGAACCUAAGCUGUAGGUAGAUACAUUUGAUUGUGACGUCUUUUAACUUAGCAGUGGACAAUUCAAACACCGUUUAAGGUAGUUUUGCUAGAGAUGUUUCCGAGAUACAGUAGGACAUGUUUUGUGAUCCUGGUGUCUGUUGUUGUCAUCUUCUUCACCGUGGUUAUGCUGUUAUCCUUUCAUGAAGAUUUAGGUGAAAGAAAGAAGAGGACUGGAACACAAGACUUCAAACUAGGAUCUUGGUCUUGGGUGUUUCAAAAACCCAUACAAGAUGUAGAAGAAAAUACAUCAGUCAUUUAUAACAUCUCUAAGGAGUCACUACCGUGGUACUUCAAAGGAGGGCUGAGGAUGCCACAGCCUUCUGUCCGGGGAUUGUCAGGACAUCAAGAGGCUCGGCUGUGGCCUGCAGAAGACCCGGACAGCGACCGGAUAGAGAACCAACUCAUGUUUGUACCUCCAGACCCGAUACCAGCUGGCAAACUGAAGAAGAUUCUGUUGAUGUAUGGACUAUAUUCGUGGGAUGCAAAGCCUGGCACAAAAGUUUUUGCCAAAUGUCCUGUCAAGUCCUGCUCCUUGACAAUAAACCGACAGGAUGCAAGCAAUGCAGACGCAAUUCUUUUCAAAGACUACAUCACUCAUCCUGGCGUCAAAAGGCCAUCAAGUCAAGUAUGGAUCCUCUUUCAUUUAGAAAGUCCUCCUCACACUUCUCGUGUUGACGACCAGUACAACAGCCUAGUGAACUGGACGGCCACGUACAGACGGGACAGUGACAUUGUUACCCCGUAUGACAAGUGGGUCUACUGGGACCCGCAGGUCACCCAGUACCCAGGACCUCUGCGGGACUUUGCAGCCAACAAGACGGGCAAGGUCGCCUGGUUUGUGUCUAACUGUGGGGCUAGAAAUGGACGGCUGCAAUAUGCACAUGAACUGCAGAAAUACAUUCAGGUUGACAUUUAUGGAGCUUGUGGAAACCUUGUGUGCCCUCGUUCAAUUUCAGAAAAGUGUUUUGAUCUCUUAGAUAAAAAAUAUAAAUUUUACUUGGCAUUUGAAAACUCCAACUGUAAAGAUUACAUUACAGAAAAGUUUUUUGUAAAUGGGCUUAAACACAAAGUUUUACCAAUUGUGAUGGGAGCGAGGCCAGAAGACUAUGCCAAAGUAGCUCCCAAGAACAGUUACAUUCAUGUUGACGACUUUGAGUCACCAAAACAUCUCGCUAAAUUUCUCCACAAGCUAGACCAAGACGAUGAUCUUUACAACUCCUAUUUCCGAUGGAAAGAUACAGGGGAGUAUAUUGACUCAGGUUUCUUCUGUCGCAUUUGCUCGUUGCUGCAUGCCGAUUUUCCUGACAAGAACUACCAUGAAGAUAUGAACAAGUGGUGGCACGCUGAUGGAAUUUGCACCCCUAACUCAUGGCGGGAUGUGAACGGCUGAGUUUAUAUUACCACUAGAGAGUUAGUCGCAGUAGACUUUGUGUACGGUGGACUAGUCUGAAGACUCGCUUUGUAUAUAUAACAACUGUAUGAUUGGCAUGUCUUCUACAGUCUCAGUCUAAUAUCACUAUCGUGGACUUCAGGAUGAGACUGUAUCACAUAAUGGCAAACUGACUGUUCAGCCUGUUCAGUACCACAAGAUUACUGAACAACCAAUCUCUCACACACACACAUCUUUUAGGUUUAAAUCUACAGGUUGUUCAAAAAAGGUGGGGAAAUAUUUUACCUAGUG